AUGGGGAAGUUCACAGUGUAUUUUGACAUCAGCAUCGGAAGCAAAGCCGGAAGCCGGCUUGUCUUCGAGCUUUUCAACGACAUCACGCCGAAAGCUGCCGAGAACUUCCGCGGCCUCUGCACCGGAGAGUACGGAGUAUCUGGACGCACGGGGAAACCUCUGCACUACCUGGGCACGUCUUUCUUCAGAGUCGUUGAGGGCGUGCUCAUUCAGGGAGGAGACAUCCAAAAUGACGACGGAACUGGCGGCGAGUGUGUGUGGGGCGGCUCCUUCCGCGAUGAGAACUUUGUCCGCAGACACGCGCAGGCUGGGUGCCUGGCGAUGGCGAACAACGGCAGACACACGAACGGGAGUCAGUUCUACAUCACGCUGCGCAAGGCGUCGGCACUCGACGGCAAGCACGUGGUCGUGGGGCAGCUCGUCGAGGGCAUGGAAGUUCUCCGCGCGAUGCAGCUCGUGCCGGUCGACCCAAAGACCGGCAAACCCAGAGUCCCCAUCGUGAUCUCCGGGUGCGGUGAACUCGGGGUCGCGACGAGACGCCUCAACGCGCUGCAUACGACGCGGACGCAGCUGAACGAGAUGAUGGAUCGCCACGUGAGGGAGCAGCUGAAGAAGCAAGAAGAUGAGCACAAACUAGUGGACAGCGAAAGCGACGCGAGCCGCAGCAGCAGCGAAAGCAGCGAGAACGAGACGGCGGAGCAUCGGCGCAAGCGCGAGAGAAUGAAGAGGAAGAAGCAACGGUAUCUGAAGAGUGCGCUCUUCAAAGCAGAGGCACUCCUGAAGCAAAUGCAGCAGGAGGCGGCGCACGAUCUGAAGGAGAAGUACGCAGGUCUCCAGGUCGAUGAGGAAGACCGGGAAGAAGAGGAAGAUGAAGGUCACUCGAGUCCCCAGGAGCGCGCCGAGCCCAGAGAAGCCGCGGGGGGGGACUGGCGCAAGAAGAGGAAGGCGCAGAGUGGAACUGCGGAGGACGAUGCUAAGGCGCGGGCUGCACAAUCUGAGGCGAAAGCAGGCGCGCCGAAGACUGGAAACGAAGAAAUCGAUGUCAUGCUCAUGGACGAGGAAGAAGAGAGCGAAGGCAGUGAAGAAGGCAGCGAGGAAGAUGCAGACAACAGCGCGCGAAGAAGCAGGAUUCUCGCGCUGCGAAUGAAAAUCAACGAAGGACGGAAGCUGAACAACAAAGAAGUGUUGGAAGAAAAGCGUGUGUGGAACGACCCCGUCUACGAGAAGCGAAAGGCGGAGGGGCUGGUGCGAUCCGUUCUGCGGCAGCUGCAUGGCGAAGAGGACGACUCGAAGACCAAAGGGCCUGAGAAGAAGAAGGGGCGGUCACAGGACGAAGAAGAGGAUGAAGACGCCGAGGAAUCCAGACUUCGCAGAGGCUACAUGAACGACGCCGCGGCGCUCAUCGCAGACAAAAAACUCAAGGAAGAAAAACGCGGACAGAAGACUUUUGGAUGGAACGUCUUCAACCAAGACGCUCUGUACCGAGCCCACAAAAAGAGGCUGACAGAAGUCAACUUCAAGGAGGACGAAUAUCGGAAACAGAAAGAGGCGCUAGGGGGCGUUUUCUACGACCCCUCUUCUGCUCUCGUUGCCGCCGACUUCAAGCCCACGGAGGCAGCGAAGGAUCGUCUGGUCAACAGCGUGGAGAAUGCCCAGAAGCGCCGCAGGAACUUCAGCCGCCGGCGCACGUUCCACGAAGACGACAACGUCACGUAUAUCAACGAGCGAAACAGAAUUUACAACGAGAAGAUCGACCGAGCUUUCGGGGCGAGCUCCCUCGAAAUUCGCCAGAACCUCGAGAGAGGCACGGCGCUCUAG